AUGGUGGUCCGGCCCCCCAGCUACAAGGCUCGGCGGUUUUGUCGCUCCAUCGAAUGGACCAAAUUCUCGAGGUCAAUGAGGAUCAUGGAUAUGUUGUGGUGGAACCUGGUGUGA